AUGUUAUAUCUUAACAUUAGAAUUAUCUUUUUAAUAUCAGCAGUCAGACCAUCAUCAACUGCCAGAAAUGAAAGAAGUUUUUCCUCUUUGAAAAGGCUGAAAACUUAUUUAAGAUCCAAAAUGGUCGCUGAUAGACUUAAUGGAUUAUCUCUCAUGAAUAUUCAUCAAAAUAUUGAUAUUCCAUCCGAUGUCAUAAUAGAUAAAUUUAGUAAAGUAAGACCGCAUCGUAUGGCUUUUUUGUAA